CGCCCUCUUGACAACUGGAGGCUAUCCUGUGCUGUUUCGAACUCUGCGAAAGGAAGAAAGAUGCAUAGAAUAAUAAGCAGACAGUAUCACAGUACAAAAGGCGUAUUCGGGUUCAAGCCAAAGCCGGUUAAUACAUUCCAGUUGGACAAAAGCAUCCUCGAUGCCCGAGCACAGCAAAGUAAGGCGUACCGAUGGAUUGAGUCUUUCCGCAAUCAUGCCCAUCGAGUGGCCUCGAUCAACCCCGUUUCCUUCCAGGAGCUAACGGGUACCGAUAAGCACCUGUUGGACUACUCACAGUUCGGGCUUUCUCGCUAUGACAGCGUCGAUUUACCCGGAGUUGUUAAUUCAGUCUCAGUAUCCGCAUUAACCGUUGAACAGCUAGAACAACUGCUUAAGCAAAUCUACUGCGGUACUUGCAGCAUUGAGUUAGCUUAUAUCGAAAACGAACACGAACGCGAAUGGCUAACGGAAAAUUACGAACAGUUGUUUCAAACUACCCUGAACACCUCGGAUAAGAAAGAAAUUGCCGAACUUCUUCUCAAAUCUCAAGCGUUCGACAAUUUUCUAGCCACCAAAUUCCCAACUGUUAAGCGUUACGGUGGCGAAGGAGCGGAAAGUAUUAUGGCCUUCUAUCGGCAAUUGUUCCUCAGUGCAGCAGAAGCUGACCUGAGCAACAUCGUCAUUGGAAUGCCGCACCGAGGAAAACUGAACGUGCUGACCACACUUUUCCAAACUAGACCGGUAAAGAUAUUCCGCAAAUUCAAAGGACUGCCAGAGUUCCCGGCGAAUGCAAAAGCCAUGUGCGACAUUGCUAGCCACUUUCAUACCUCAACGGACUUAAACAUCAACGGCAAAACUAUCCACCUGAAUAUGCUUCACAACCCAUCGCACCUUGAAGCGGUAAAUCCCGUCUCGAUGGGUAAGGCUCGUGCCAAGCAACUGACCCUCCAGGACGGUCCCUACCAGUUGAAUCCAACCAACUCCUCAAAAGUCCUAAACAUUCAGCUGCAUGGCGAUGCCGCGUUUGUCGGCCAAGGUAUCAACCAGGAGUGUCUUAUGAUGGCCGAAGUUCCUCACUUCGACGUCGGAGGAUCGAUCCAUAUGAUCGUCAACAACCAGGUCGGGUUCACUACCCCGGGCGACCGCGGUCGCGGUACUCGCUAUGCAUCCGAUCUAGCCAAAAGUAUCAUGGCUCCGGUAUUCCACGUGAAUGGCGAUGACCCCGAAGCGCUAACAAAGAUCACCAAACUGGCCUUCGACUAUCAGCAAAAAUUCGGUAGAGAUGUCUUUAUCGAUCUGAACUGUUUCCGCCGCUGGGGACACAACGAACUGGAUGAUCCAACAUUCACCAGCCCCUUGCUGUAUAAAGUAAUUCACAACCGCGGCUCGGUCCCAGACCUCUACGCCAAUAAGUUAUUAGAAUCAGGAGAUCUCACCCAAAAUGACAUCGAUACCAUCGUCAAGGGUCACCACGAAUUUCUUAACGCUGAACUCCAAAGCGUCAACAGCUACCAACCCGAACAGAGCUAUUUCCAGGCCCAGUGGAGCGGUAUCCAACAGGCAGGAAACGAGAUCACGGUUUGGAACACCGGAGUGGACUACAGUUUGCUGAACUACGUUGCGCAAACCAGCGUCGAGUAUCCGCCCGACUUUGCCCUUCAUCCUCACCUACAGAAGCACCAUGUAGCAGCUAGGCUUCGUAAAAUCAACGAAGGUAACCGGAUCGACUGGGCCACCGCCGAAGCCAUGGCCAUCGGAAGCCUCAUGUAUCAGGGAUGCAACGUACGAAUCAGUGGGGAGGACAUUGGCCGAGGUACAUUCUCCCAGCGGCACGCAAUGUUCAUCGACCAAAACACCAACGAAGUUUACAUCCCGCUGAACGAUCUUCAAGGCGGUGCUGGUGGAAAGCUGGAAUUGGCGAACAGUAUUCUGUCCGAAGAAGCGGUUCUUGGAUUUGAGUACGGUAUGGCAAUUGACAAUCCGAACAAUCUGGUCAUUUGGGAGGCUCAAUUCGGAGACUUCUUCAACGGAGCGCAGAUCAUAAUCGAUACAUUCCUAACAACCGGUGAAACUAAGUGGAUGGUGUGCAACGGUUUGGUGAUGCUUCUCCCGCACGGUUUCGAUGGGGCCGCCUCCGAACACAGCUCCUGCAGAAUGGAACGAUUCCUGCAGAUGACCGACUCGAAGGAAUCCACACCGGAUGGCGACGACGUCAACUUCGAAGUGAUCAACCCAUCCACGCCAGCGCAGUAUUUCCACGCUCUGCGCCGUCAGCAAAUACGAAACUACCGAAAACCGCUGAUCGUGGUAGCGCCGAAGACGCUGCUCCGACUGUCGGAAUGCGUUUCGAGCCACGCCGAGUUCGCCCCAGGAACGUCCUUCCAAACGGUGAUCGGAGACGCAACGAUAGGCGAUCCGAAGAAGGUCAAACGGGUUAUCCUGUGCAGUGGAAAGCAUUAUUACAACCUGAACAAUGAGCGACUGGCCAGCAAGAACAGCGAAGUGGCGAUCGUGAGACUGGAAUCGCUAUGCCUCCCGGUGCACCGAAUUCAGGAAGAACUGGCCAAGUAUAACAAUUUGCAGGAUGUCGUGUGGAGCCAAGAGGAACAUCGCAAUAUGGGAGCAUGGACUUUCGUGCAACCCCGGUUCGAAAAUAUGUGUGGAAAGAGGAUCAAGUAUCGAGGACGCUACGAAGGAUCCACAAUUGCAGUAGGCGUCAGUUCAUGGCAUGCCCAGGAGGCAGAGCAGGUUAUUAAAACGGCUUUUCAGUGAAUGUAUGUUAUCUUAGUGCUGUAAAUACAAAUUGAUUAUGAUACCGGAAUUGAAGUAUCUUUUAAUUUACCUUACUGGAUACUUGGUUAGCUUUAGCGCCGUUAUACCUAUGCGUGGCUUAUUAUAGAGCUCCAUAAUCGUCGGUUUUGAGCGAAGUUUCUGUUGAUGUUUAUAAGGUCCCUCAAGGGGACACCAGGCAGCUAUGGUAAAAAAAAGGAUAUCCCAGGCCAUCGAUGAAGCUCGCACACGCAGCGAUCCCUACGAUGUGU